AGGCCUGUGUGUUGAGAAGGAAGUCAGAAGAGAGGAGCCGUGUGUGGGGAGGUUUGUUAGAACAGACGCCAGAGACCCAGUUUCUAAGAGAAAGAAAGAACAUCUGCAAAUAAGAUGCUGCUGUUGCAACUGGUGUUGCUCAUGGUUCUUGUCCCAGGUGGUGACAGUGACGAUGAUUUCCAGGAGCCGAUCUUCCGAGUCAUCCUGACCUCAUCCUUUUACAACCGUUGGUGGACACAGAAUCAGGGUUCAGCUUGGCUGGAUAAGCUGCAGACCCACGGCUGGGACAGUAAGACUGGAGCCUUCUUUUACCUGCAGCCUUGGUCCAGGGGCAACGUUAGCAAAGAGGCCUUCGUGGACCUGGAAAAGUUAUUCUACUCAUACUCCAUUAAGUUUCUUCAGGUGUUUCAGGACCAUGUCAGUCAAUGGGAGCUUGAAUAUCCCUUCCAGGUACAACUGGCAGCAGGCUGUGAGCUGCACUCUGGCAAAGCAUCAGCGGGAUUUGUGGAGAUUGCAUAUCAAGGAUCAGAUCUCAUGAGCUUCCAGAACAUGUCUUGGUUUCCAUCUCCAAAGGAAGGCAGCAGGGCUCAGCAAGUCUGCACGCUAUUCAAUCGGUUCUAUGUGAUUAGAGAAACCUUACACACAAUUUUCAUUGAAACCUGCCCCCAUUUCCUCUCGGGUCUCCUUGAUGCAGGGAAGGCGUAUCUGCAGCGACAAGUGAGGCCAGAGGCCUGGCUGUCGCAUGGCCCCAGUCCUGGUCCUGGCCGUCUGCUGCUGGUGUGCCAUGUCUCUGGUUUCCACCCAAAGCCAGUGUGGGUGAUGUGGAUGCGGGGUGAGCAGGAACAGCCGGGCUCCCAGCGAGGUGACAUCCUGCCCCAUGCUGACGGGACAUGGUAUCUUCAGACGUCCUUGGAGGUGGAAGCCAGAGAGACAGCCGGCCUGUCUUGCCGAGUGAGACACAGCAGUCUAGGAGGCCAGGACAUGGUCCUCUACUGGGCACCGCCCUCUGGUCUUGGUCUUCCUGGAGGUGAUGGUGCCCCUGGUGUUUCUGGCAGGUCUUGCGUUCUGGCUCUGGAAGUGCUGGAAAUCACCGUGGAGAUGCUGCCCUGUCCUCCCUUUGGAGAGAGAUCCCGGCAGCCCAAGCUCCAGCGCACGCCUAGACCCAGCUCAGUCGUGAUGGACUUGCAAGUCUCUGUGUGCAACUUCUGCCUUCCCUCUCUGCUCCACGAUCCGUUGUCAAUAUAAGCUGAGUAUAAUUUAGUGGGCUUUGUUGUUCUAUCCUGAUUCUUGGUCUUAAAUCUCUAUGUUUACUCAAAGUAACAUGAAGUCUGAGUACCUCCCUGGGUCACAGGCAUCACAUGUCACUUGCUCCAGAGAGUCCUCCCUUAUUUACAACUGGAAGCAGUCUCUGCCUGCUGAGGAUUUCCAAUACCCAUAGUUUCUCUUUGACGAAUGUAUGACUCACUUCACAUCACUUAUUGUCCCCAGUGAGAUCCCUUUUCCAUUCUAAUUCUUAGGCCUCUUGAGAGUAAAGUCCAUAUCUUUUUAAUAUUUGUAUUUAGCAAGGGGUCUCAGCUGCAUGGCAUAUGUCCUCAAUAAAACUCUGUGUUGCAUUUA